AUGCCCACAGGAAGGUUAGCAAAAUGGCAAAUCCUGCUCACCGAGUUUGACAUAGUUUAUGUCACCCGCACGGUGAUGAAAGCUCAAGCCUUGGCGGAUCACCUAACUGAGAAUCUUGUUGAUGAUGAAUAUCGACCCUUGAGUACUUACUUUUCGGACGAGGAAUUAAAUUCAAUUGAGGGAACUUUGAGUGUAACGGGUGAUGCUGAUUCAUAUGAGGUCAUUGUGAGAUCGAGGAAAGCUGGGAAAUUUGCGGAGGUGGUGAGUAUUGGGCCUCCACCAGCUCCUCCAAAACCAGAUGGACAUAAAAAGCCCGAAGAGAAGAAGCCUGAGCAGAAGCCCAAACCCCAGGCCCAGAUGUAUGAUCCUCCCCCUCCAAUUAUGCCUCCUUUCUGUGCAGUCUGUCAUGGAACAACACCAGUUGUUAGUCAUGUGAUGCAUAGGGAAGAACACACCCCACAAUGCUCUAUUUUGUAG